AUUCAUAUACAAAUUCAAUAAAUCAUCAUAGACAUUAUCCAAAUAAUUAUCAAUCAUCAUCAGAUAUAAAUCAAACAUCACCAAGUAAAUCAUCUUUGUCAACUUCUUACCAAACUCCAUCAACAGCAUCAUCAUUACUUGUUGCAGCACCAACAACUUUAGGAGAAUAUAAUCCAUUUGCUUCAAAUAUUUUAACUACAUCUAUUGUUGAUGUUCUUACUAAAACAAAAGAAUCAACAAAUCAAACAAUAACUAAUAAUGAUGAAUCAACAACAAAAAUGAAUUUUGCUAAUGUUGCUAAAAUGAAUGUACCAAAUAAACAAUCUCAUCAAGAACCAAUUGUUAUAACAAUGAAUGAACCAACAUCUUUAACAUCACAAUCAUCAGAUCCUAAAAUAGCACCGGGUUAUCGUGGUCUACCAAGUACAACAACAUCAAUAAUUCCAUCAACAAAUUUUGAUUCAUUAUCACCAACUUCACAAUUAAGUCGUGCACCAGGUUCUAAUCGUACUCAUCAAUCAAUAUCUCCAUCUCUUACUAAGAUUCCUGUUGAUCAAAAUGGUCAAACAGGUUCAUCAACAACAUCAUCAACAUCAUCAUCACCCUCAUCUCUCAAACAACAAACAAAUCAUUUUAUUCAACCACAACCAUUAUUUCCAACAUUAGAUCAACAAAAACCAUUUGGACCUAUUGGUUCAAAUCGUCCACCAAUAUUAGCCGAUGAAAAUCCUUUUCAAUUACCAUCUAAAUUUUCAUCUAAUCCAGCCCCUAUCUAUCAACAAUUAUUACAUAAUAAUAAUUCAGCUUAUUCAAAUCGAUCAAGUCUAAAUCCAAGUGCACCAGAAUUUCAAGGACCAUUAUCAUCAAAUAUUAUGAAUAUAGCACGUCUUAUGGAACAACAACAACAACAGCAACAUCAGCAGCAGCACCAACAACAACAACCACCAGUCUAUCCAAAUAUUCCUCCUACACGUUCAUGUCAACAAUCAGAUAUGGAAGCAAUUCAACAUGUACAAAAUCAAGUCGUACAUUUUUAUCAUUUACAAACCAAUCAACAACAACAUCUAGUUCAACAACCACUUCCACCACCACCACAAUUACCAACAACAUUACAAAUAGCAAAUAUAUUAGCAUCAAGAGGACAAUUACCACAAGAUACGAAUCAAGCAGCAGCACUUGUUGCUAGCUAUUAUUAUACAAAUUUUUUAUCAAGAACACAACAACAACAACAACCGAACAAUAUUCCUAUAUCACCAAAUGUAAAUACAAACAGUGAUGAUAUAUCAUUACCUUCAGUUGAUCCGACUGUUAUCAUUUCCAAUAGUAAUCAUUCAACCGGUCCUUCAUUAUCGUCUACAAGUACCGGUAAUGACCACAAAAUGGUACCAGCCGCGAUCGGUAGUGAACGUAAACGACAUAUGCCAACAUCAACUACUGUUGUUCCUCCAGGAGUUAUCAAUGAAUGGUCUUCCGUAUCUAAACAACCAUAUCCGUAUCCACAACAACAGACACGUGAUUAUCCACGAUAG